ACAAGAAAAAGAAAAAUAAAAAGUGAUGAUCAAUAAGUUGAUAAAAUUUACUGCUUAAAUAUUUUAAACAUAAUUUCACGUAUUUUCUGUGCAAAUAGAAUAAAAUGUCUCGUCAAAAUACUCGCUUGGAUACGAAAAAAGUGUGCUUCUGCUAGGGGUUUUGUUCAGUGAAAAAGGUUUUUGAGUUCAAAGUGAAAAGAUGCAACCGGAAGGGGCGGAUCGCAAGGAUGGUGUAAACACUGCUAACAUAAUCAUCAAAAUGGAAGGAGACCAGAACGUAGCCGGUGGACCACCGAUUCAAGUGCUGCAACUGAAUCAGGCCUUGCAAGAUCCGAACAAUCAGCAAAUGCUGUUGCAAUCCCUACAGCAAUCAAUGGCGGGAAAUCCGGUUGGCCAGCAGGUACAGGUUGUCCCGAUCACUUCCAUACCCGGGCAAGGGCUGAUGGUUCAGCAAACGGCCCAGCCACAAAUGCUUCAGUUUACCUUGGACGGAUCGCAAACUUUUCUCUACCAACCGGUCCAACUACCGACGGAAUCCAUCCAGAAUGUCAACAUCAACGGAAACAUCGUUCAGAUUCCGAAUCAAGCGCUUGCAACAGCUGGUUCCGGAGGAACAGCACCGGUUGUAAUGCUAGCCGCUGGUCCGGACCAAAACGGCAUUGCUACCAUUCAGAAUCCGACUGUUUUUGCGCCGACUACUACGGUACAACAGAGCAGUGGAACUGUGACCACUGGCAGCAAUGUUGGUCAUCAAAUUGGCAGUGGAUCCAGUGCUCAGACGACGGCUGCCGCCAUCGAGACGCUCCAAACGGUGGCCAAUGUGGAAUCGGAAGAGGAACCGCUAUAUGUGAAUGCCAAACAGUACAAGAGGAUUUUGAAACGGAGGCAGGCGAGGGCCAAACUGGAGGCGCAGGGGAAGAUUCCCAAGGAGAGACCGAAGUAUCUGCACGAAUCCCGCCACAAGCAUGCAAUGAACCGCGUUCGCGGCGAAGGAGGACGAUUCCAUUCGAGUAUGAUUGGACAGGAUGGGGAAUGAAACGUGAAUUUAUUAUUAAUCUGUGUGUUAUUUUAAGAAUG